AGAGGGGUCUUUGAGGGUCUUACCUACGGCUGGGGUUUGAGGUACCAUCGCUUAUACCCCCUAAUCCCUCUCAAAAAUGGACAAUUCCACCCCUGUUUAUCCCCCUUCUCCCACCCCCAACUUGCAAUUUUGUCGCUACCCUAGUUCUGCUUUUGUUAUAAGAGACGAGAGGGUUUUGUGGCGAUUUGGAGAGUUCAACCAAUUUGAGCUUUGAUUAACUCAACGUUUUUUAGGAUGGCAAGAUUAAACAGAAAACAAAUGAGGAGAAGAGAAGAGCAAGAGGCAGUCAUGUCAUUACAUGCCUAUAUUAAUGCUGCAAUGGGUUUAUUUUGCCUCUACUUCUUUAUCAUGUCCACGACAUGCCACCCUCGUCCCGAGUUGUCUCUAAAUCAAAACUUUUACCAGACGCACGUAAAUAAUAUCAAUAGGCUUGUAAGGGGUAAUGACCUUGACUGUCACGACCAGUUGAGGGUGAAUAAGCAUACUUUUUUGAGAUUGUGUUAUUUAGUCUGAGGUGUUGGGUUACGGGACUCACGCAACGUAUGUCUUGAGGAGAGGGUUGCAAUAUUCUUGUGUGUCCUCGGUCACCAAACAAAGCAGAGGCGUACGAAAUAUGGGUUUUGGAGAUCUACUGAGACAGUAAGUAGGCAUUUCAAUGCUGUACUCCAGGCUGUCUUGUGUCUUUAUGACAUGCUCCUAGUAACGCCUGGGCAUGUACCUUUUAACUACGAAGACAGUAGAUGGAGUUGGUUUCAGAAUUGUCUUGGGGCAUUGGAUGGGACGUAUGUGCCAGUUAAUCCCCCAGCCGCUGACAAGGCACGAUAUAGGUCAAGGAAGGGUGAGAUUGCUACAAAUGUUUUAGGUGUUUAUACUUGAGACCUAAAAUUUGUCUAUGUCUUGUCUGGUUGGGAAGGAUCGGCCACUGACUCUAGAAUUCUUUGGAAUGCAAUUGAAAGACCCUAUGGUCUCAAAGUCCCCCAUGGACAUUAUUACCUUGUCAAUGCUGGUUACACAAAUGGGGACGGUUUUCUAGCACCAUACUGUGGCCAACGGUAUCACAUUAACAUUUGGAAGCAAGGUCAUAUGCCAAUGAGCAAAAAGAAGUACUUCAACAUAAAGCACUCCACCGCUAGGAAUGUCAUUGAGAGAAGCUAUGGGGUUUUGAAGAUGCGGUUUGCAAAUUUGAAAUCAGCCUCUUAUUAUCCCAUAAGGACUUAAUGCCGUAUCAUGUCAGCAUGUUGUCUUCUCCAUAACCUAAUUAAGAGAGAGAUGACGAACGAUCCCGUUGAACAAGAGUACGACGCAUGGGAACGAGAACACGUCAACGAUGUCCCCAUUGAUGAUCAUAUUGGUAACGUAGAUACUUCUAAUGAGUGGCUGCGGGGAGGGAUGCGUUGGCUACGGCCAUGUAUAACCAUUGGUUAGCCAAUGGUGGGGGAUAAGAGCAAAAUAUGUGACCUUGCAAAUCUUAGUUUGACGAAUUUGUGUUGACAUUGUAAUUGCACUAUUUGUAUUAUUUGAAACUUGUUUGUAAUAUUUGUGUUUAAACAACUUGUAAGUUUUAGUAAUUGUACUAUUUGUACGAUUACUUAAUUUUGAGGUAGUAAGUUUUAUAUUCCUUGUACGACUUAAAUGCAUUUGCAGCAAUGGAUAAUGAAGAAGUGGAAGUACUAGAAAGGCCUACGAAGCAGUCACGUAGGAGUUGAAGGAGUAGGGAAGAGGAUGCUCUAAUGAAGUGUUUGAUAAAUGAGGUAGAUGACUCCGGAGACAAGUGGAGAGCUGACAAUGGGUUCAAAUGCAGUUUCUUCAAUCACUUGGAGAAAGAGCUCGAAAAGGUGCUACCGGGGAGCAACCUUAAAGCUAACCCCCACAUUGACUCUAAGAUCAAGCAUUGGAAACAAACUUGGGCAAAAAUUGUUGACAUUAUUGCCCUUAGUGGCUUCGGGUGGUAUGAUGUGAACAAAAGCAUCUCCGUGGAGAAUGACAUUUGGGACGAGUAUGAAAAGGCCCAUCCUAAAAAUGCCAAAGGCUUGUACGAGAAGUCCUUCCUGUACUUUGAUGAUUGGCAAAUGAUAUUCGAAAAGGAUAGGGCUAUGGGGGAAGGAGUAGAGGAUUUGACGGAAAUGGCCUGGCCAAAUACUGUGAACGAAACUUUAACCCCUCCCAAUGAUUUCUAUGUUCCUCACUUCGGUGAAGAAUAUGGUGGAUUCUCGAGUCAAAUCCUCAUGUCUCCCACAACUCCCAGAACACCCUUGCCUCAAACAUUCACACCUCAUAGCUCACUCCCCACUUCUACUCCCCGAGCCUCAACGCCGCAGGACAAUGCAAGAGCAAAAAAAGGGAGGAAGAGGACAAGAAUGGGUGAUGACGAGGUGUCCAUGGUUGCAAGCAUGCAGAAUUGGAUGAACGUGAGUGAAAGACAUACGGAAAAGAUGGCCAAUUCCUUUGGGUAUGAGAAAGAGCUAUCCGCCCGACACACUCAAGUGCAAGAUGAACUGUCAAAGCUCGAUAUUACUUUGGCGGAGAAGUUCAAGUUAAGUGCCGUAAUUUGCCAAGAGGAGCAAAGGGUAGACAACUUCUACGGCACCAAGCCCGAGGAGAAACAAGCAUAUGUUGAGGCCAUUCUUAGUGGCCUUAUGUAUGGUCCUAUUUAGUAGGAGUAACAAGCAUACGUAAUGCCUUUUUGAAGUGGUUUAAGUACCAUUAUAAGCAUGCUUAGUACUUAAGCCACUUUAUUUAAAGUGGCUGAACUUUCUUGUCGUAUAGUAUAUGCCAUUUGUUAAUGUGUAAUGAAUGACCUAAGUCAUGAAUUUGUAGGAGUUAAACUAGAAACAAUGGUGGAUGAUCGUACGUGUCGGCCGUGUAUGCCUUAUAUUGCUACAUUUGAUGCACUUUUUGGUAAGUGUGAAAUGUAAUAUGAAUUUUUUUUUCAUGA